AUGAAUAAAUGAUUAUUCUCAACAAAUCACAAAGAUAUUGGCACCCUAUAUUUCAUUUUUGGAAUAUGAGCAGGAAUAUUAGGUACAUCACUAAGAUGAAUUAUUCGAAUUGAAUUAGGAAUACCAGGAUCAUUUAUUGGAGAUGAUCAAACAUAUAAUGUUGUAGUUACAGCCCAUGCUUUCAUCAUAAUUUUCUUCAUAGUUAUACCAAUCAUAAUUGGAGGAUUUGGAAAUUGAUUAGUGCCUUUAAUAAUCGGAGCCCCAGAUAUAGCAUUCCCACGAAUAAACAAUAUAAGAUUUUGACUAUUACCCCCAUCAAUUACAUUGUUAAUUAUGAGUAGAAUUGUUGAAAAUGGAGCAGGGACCGGAUGAACUGUUUACCCCCCAUUAUCAGCAAAUAUCUCCCAUAAUGGAGCAUCAGUAGAUUUAGCAAUCUUUUCACUUCAUCUAGCAGGAGUAAGAUCAAUUUUAGGAGCAGUAAAUUUUAUUUCAACAAUUAUUAACAUACGACCUAUAGGAAUAAAUGCAGAACGAAUCCCACUAUUUGUAUGAUCAGUAGGAAUCACUGCACUACUAUUACUUUUAUCAUUACCUGUAUUAGCAGGUGCCAUUACUAUAUUAUUAACAGAUCGAAAUUUUAAUACAUCAUUUUUUGACCCGGCAGGAGGUGGAGAUCCAAUUCUAUAUCAACAUUUAUUUUGAUUCUUUGGACACCCAGAAGUAUACAUUUUAAUUCUACCAGGAUUUGGACUAAUCUCACAUAUUGUUAGACAAGAAAGAGGGAAAAACGAAGCAUUUGGAUCAUUAGGAAUAAUUUAUGCCAUAAUAACAAUUGGGCUAUUAGGAUUUAUUGUAUGGGCACAUCAUAUAUUCACAGUAGGUAUAGAUGUAGAUACACGAGCAUAUUUCACAUCAGCUACAAUAAUUAUUGCUGUACCAACAGGUAUCAAAAUCUUCAGUUGAUUAGCAACUAUCCAUGGAAAUAAUAUUAACUAUUCAGUACCUAUAUUAUGAAGAUUAGGAUUCAUUUUCCUAUUCACAAUAGGGGGUCUUACUGGAGUAAUUUUAGCUAAUUCAUCAAUUGAUAUUAUCCUUCAUGAUACAUAUUAUGUAGUAGCACACUUCCAUUAUGUACUAUCAAUAGGAGCUGUAUUUGCCAUUAUCGGAAGAUUUAUCCAAUGAUACCCACUAUUCACAGGAUUAACUAUAAAUCCAAAAUGAUUAAAGAUCCAAUUCAUGACCAUAUUUAUUGGAGUAAAUAUAACCUUUUUUCCACAACAUUUUUUAGGGUUAAGAGGAAUACCACGACGGUAUUCAGAUUAUCCUGAUAGAUUUACAACAUGAAAUGUAAUCUCAUCAAUUGGAUCUAGAAUUUCAUUAAUAGCAGUAAUCAUACUAAUCAUCAUUAUAUGAGAAAGAAUCAUCUCAAAACGAACAAUUAUUUUCCAAGAAAAUCUACCAAGAAGAAUAGAAUGAAUACAAAAUACCCCUCCUGCUGAACAUUCAUAUACUGAAUUACCUAUUAUUAGAAGAUUCUAA